CCUCGCACCUCGCGCCGAUCAGGGGCUUCCUUCCCGCGGGCGCCGCUCCCUUGCCUCUCCCUAGCCGCUCGGCCUGCGCCCCGCGAGGGCCGAGACCAGCAGCGGGGCCGAGGGGGCUAAGAGUCCGCGCACGAGAGGCGGCCUGGGCGUCCAGUAAACGCUCCGGCUCGUUCGCCGACGUCGGAGCCGGGCCGCGGUGGCUGCACCGGCGCGGCACGUGGCCUGCGCUCGCGGGCGACAAAUGAACACGCGCUGGGGGCGGCGGAAGCCUGUUAAUUAGUCGGCUCCGCACCGGCGGGCAGAGCGGCGAGGCCGUCUGCGCCGCCCGGCCCCGCCCGGCCGGGGCGCACCCCAGGUCCCGCUCGCCCGUCCGCGCGCUCCCUGCCGGCCGGCCCCUCGCUCGCGGCCGUGCGGGGCGGACCCGAAGAGGAGCCGCCUUCCCGCCCGGCCGGCUGAGGAGCUGGGCGGCCCGUGAGCGCGGGGAGCGGUUUCCCGCCGGGGCUGUUUGGCAGGUGCGCGCCGUGACUUCCGGCGUUGCCCGGGAGCCGCCGGAGGAGGAGCGGCGCGGGGGAUGCGGCUGUGGCGGCGGCGGCGGCGGCCGAGCGCGGGGGUCGGCGGCGGCGGCGGCGGCGGCGGCGGGGGUCGCGGGCCGACGAUGGCGCGGCGGCGCUGAGGGCGGGGGGCGGGCGGCGGCUGGAGGGCGGGCGGCGCGGGCGGCGGCGGCUCCAUGGCCCGGGCGCGCUGAGGGACGCGGCUCUCGCCUCAGCCCGGCGGCGGCGGCGGCGGCGGCGGCCGAACAAUGAAGCUCCUGAAGCCGACCUGGGUCAACCACAAUGGCAAGCCAAUUUUUUCAGUUGAUAUUCACCCUGACGGGACCAAGUUCGCAACUGGAGGACAAGGACAGGAUUCUGGGAAGGUUGUAAUCUGGAAUAUGUCUCCAGUCCUCCAGGAGGAUGACGAGAAGGAUGAAAAUGUCCCCAAGAUGCUUUGCCAGAUGGACAAUCACUUAGCAUGUGUGAACUGUGUGCGGUGGUCAAACAGUGGGAUGUAUUUAGCUUCUGGGGGAGAUGACAAACUGAUUAUGGUGUGGAAGCGGGCUACGUACAUCGGCCCCAGCACCGUGUUCGGCUCCAGUGGCAAGCUUGCCAACGUGGAGCAGUGGCGAUGUGUCUCCAUCCUGCGGAGUCACUCAGGCGAUGUGAUGGACGUAGCGUGGUCCCCCCAUGACGCCUGGCUGGCCUCGUGCAGUGUGGACAACACCGUGGUCAUCUGGAACGCAGUGAAGUUCCCAGAAAUCCUAGCUACUCUGAGAGGCCAUUCUGGCCUGGUGAAGGGCCUGACUUGGGACCCUGUUGGUAAAUACAUUGCCUCUCAAGCCGACGACCGCAGCCUGAAGGUGUGGAGGACGCUGGACUGGCAGUUAGAGACCAGCAUCACCAAGCCUUUCGAUGAGUGUGGAGGGACGACCCACGUGUUGCGGCUCAGCUGGUCCCCUGACGGGCACUACCUGGUGUCUGCCCACGCCAUGAACAAUUCCGGCCCCACCGCCCAGAUCAUCGAACGGGAGGGCUGGAAGACCAACAUGGAUUUUGUCGGGCACCGGAAAGCUGUGACUGUCGUGAAAUUCAACCCAAAAAUCUUCAAGAAGAAGCAGAAGAACGGGAGCUCUGCGAAGCCCAGUUGCCCGUACUGCUGCUGUGCUGUCGGCAGCAAGGACCGCUCGCUCUCUGUCUGGCUCACAUGUCUAAAACGGCCUUUGGUUGUCAUCCAUGAGCUGUUUGACAAAUCCAUCAUGGACAUUUCCUGGACUCUGAACGGGCUGGGCAUCCUGGUGUGCUCCAUGGACGGCUCUGUGGCGUUCCUGGAUUUCUCCCAGGACGAGCUCGGAGACCCCCUGAGCGAGGAAGAGAAGAGCCGCAUCCAUCAGUCCACCUACGGCAAGAGUUUGGCCAUCAUGACCGAGACCCAGCUCUCCACCGCCGUCAUCGAGAACCCCGAGAUGCUCAAGUACCAGCGGAGGCAGCAGCAGCAGCAGCUGGACCAGAAGGGCUCUGCGGCCAGAGAGACAGGCUCCGCUACCUCGGUUGCUGGUGUCGUCAACGGGGAGAGUCUGGAGGACAUCAGGAAGAAUCUUUUAAAGAAACAAGUUGAGACUCGGACGGCAGAUGGUCGGAGGAGAAUCACGCCUCUCUGCAUAGCACAGCUGGACACCGGGGACUUCUCCACGGCCUUCUUCAACAGCAUCCCGCUCUCGGGUUCCCUGGCAGGCACCAUGCUCACCUCUCACAGCAGCCCGCAGCUGCUGCCGCUGGACUCCAGCACCCCCGUCCCCUUCGGCACCUCGAAGCCUUCCACAGAGCCUGUGGCGGCGACCGGCACCAGGCCUGCGGGUGAUUCUGUCAGUAAGGACAGCGUGAAUGCGGCCUCUGCUCCUGCUGCACCGUCCCCCUCCAUCCUCACAACCCCGUCCAAGAUCGAACCUAUGAAAGCGUUCGACUCCCGAUUCACGGAGCGCUCCAAAGCCACGCCGGGGGCUCCUGCCUUGGCCGGUUUGACCCCGACAGCUAUGGAAAGGUUGAAAGAGCAGAGCCUUGUGAAGGAGCUGCGGCCCCGGGAUGUCCUGGAGAGCAGCAGUGACAGCGACGAGAAGGUCCCUGUGGCCAAGCCCUCCUCACUCUCCAAGCGGAAGCUGGAGCUCGAGGUGGAAACGGUGGAGAAGAAGAAGAAAGGGCGGCCUCGGAAGGACUCGCGGCUCAUGCCCAUGUCCCUGUCUGUGCAGUCCCCAGCUGCCCUGACCGCAGAGAAGGAUGCCGUGUGUUUGUCUGUCCCAGCAGCUGCGCUGAAGCUGCCCAUGCCGGGCCCCCAGAGAGCCUUCACCCUGCAGGUGAGCUCCGACCCCUCCAUGUACAUCGAGGUGGAGAACGAGGUGACGGCCGUGGGGGGCAUAAAGCUGAGCCGCCUGAAGUGCAGCCGGGAAGGGAAGGAGUGGGAGACGGUGCUCACCAGCCGGAUCCUCACCGCUGCCGGCAGCUGUGACGUGGUGUGUGUCGCCUGUGAAAAGCGGAUGCUGUCCGUGUUCUCCACCUGUGGUCGACGCCUCCUCCCUCCCAUCCUGCUGCCAUCCCCGAUCUCCACCCUGCACUGCACUGGCUCCUACGUCAUGGCCCUCACCGCCACAGCCACGCUGUCCGUCUGGGAUGUGCACAGGCAGAUAGUGGUGGUGAAGGAAGAGUCCCUACACUCCAUCUUGGCAGGAAGUGACAUGACGGUGUCACAGAUCUUGCUGACGCAGCAUGGAAUCCCCGUGAUGAACCUGUCGGACGGGAAGGCCUACUGCUUCAACCCAUCACUGUCUGCGUGGAACCUGGUUUCUGACAAGCAGGACUCCCUGGCCCAGUGUGCAGACUUCAGGAGCAGCCUGCCACCCCAGGACGCCAUGCUGUGCUCGGGACCCUUAGCCAUAGUCCAGGGCCGCGCCUCCACCAGCUCGGGGAGACAGGCAGCCCGGCUCUUCUCCGUGCCUCACAUGGUGCAGCAGGAGACCACCCUGGCCUACCUGGAGAGCCAGGUCGCUGCAGCGCUCACCCUGCGCUCCAGCCACGAGUACCGCCACUGGCUUCUCCUCUACGUGCGAUACCUCGUGAACGAAGGGUUUGAAUACCGACUCCGAGAAAUAUGCAAGGACUUACUGGGGCCUGUUCACUCCUCCACUGGAAGCCAAUGGGAGUCAACAGUAGUGGGUCUGCGGAAGAGGGACCUGCUGAAGGAGCUGCUGCCAGUCAUCGGGCAGAACCUCCGCUUCCAGCGCCUCUUCACCGAGUGUCAGGAACAGCUCGACAUCUUGAGGGACAAGUAGCCUGCCCAGCCGCAGCAAGGGCAGGGCCACACUCUCUCGCCACUGAGGACACACAGGUCGGCCUCUUAUCUCGCUGGGCUACAGGAUGAGGAGACACUGGCAGGAGGUGGGCUGUCCUACACCAGUACCGGCUCAGCCCCUGGGCACACUUCCCCUGUGUCCUGGGCCUGUUUCUCCCUCAGGGGGAGCAGCUCUGCCCGCAACUCGUUCCUGCCUCCAGGACCCCGGUGCAGAGCUGGAGCUCUGCCCAACUGCCCUGGGGCCAGUGAGGCAGCCCAGGCCUGCCGUCUCCAGCACGGUCCCCAGAUGGACACUAGCCCUGCUACUGUAGGCGCCGUGCUGCUCCAGCUAUGACGAAUGAGCCAUUUGUGAAAGAGAGAACCCUGAGACGUUAGCGUAUUAUGCAGUCAGUAGACUGACCUGAGACCUAUGUAAAAAGAAAGCCUAUUCCAACACAUGGACUAUUUUUGUACUAGAAUUUGCUAACUUGUAAUAUGGAAUUUUCCUUUUGGCCAAUAAUCAGGAUUUCCCUAUAAGUCACUUGGACAUUGGUCACUUGUAGGAAAUUUAAACUCUAAUUAUGACAGCUACAUUGAAAAAUAAUUGUACUGAAAUUAACUUGUCUAUCUUCAUUUAGUUUUAAUUUUUAAAUGUUUGUAAAAAGAGACUUUUGGGGGGGAUGGGGCAGAGGGUGGGCGAUUUCUUUUGUAAGUGUAAAAUAAAUGAACACGCAUUGGAUACCAAA